AUGGUACCGGCAGAGGUCACUUCGGAACCGGGGACCCCGGAGAAGGGGAGGCUGGAAGGAGUGAUGCAGGGCCUGAGUGACCACCUGAGGACCACUCUGGCCUGGUCCUGGAAGGGUCUUUCAAAAACUGCUAAAGAGGACGCUUGGGAGAAGGAAGCAUUGGUCAGACACGACAUUUUGCUGCCAAAUGAGAGAAGCUUUCAUGCUGCUGCUAAAAGAAACAAUCUGGAUAUCAUGGAGCAGCUGGUUGAAAAGAAGGUUAACAUUAAUGCCAUGAACAGUAUGAAGCGCACAGCCCUGCAUUUUGCUGUGGGUGGAAACCAUUUAUCAGCAGUAGAAUUCCUUCUCAAUCACAAGGCCAGAGUGGACAUUGCUGAUAAGCAUGGCUUGACCGUCCUUCAUCUUGCAGCCUGGUUUGGGAGUCUAGAAAUCAUGCUAAUGUUAGUGAAAGCUGGAGCCGAUCAGAAAGCCAAGAAUCAGGAUGGGAUGACCAUACUCCAUUUUGCAGCUCAGAACAAUAAUGUGAGAAUUGUGGAUUACCUUAUCCAGGAUCUUCAUCUGAGAGAACUAAAUCAGCAAGAUGAGAAAGGAAGAAAGCCAUUCCUUUUGGCUGCUGAAAGGGGACAUGUUGAAAUGAUAGAAAAACUCAUUGAGCUCAAUUUGCUCACUUCAGAAAAAGACAAGGAAGGAAAUACAGCCUUGCACCUAGCAGCAAAGCAUGGUCACACCAGUAUUGUAGAGAUGCUGAUAACCCAGUGGCAAGAAAUAAAUCAACCCAAUGAGGAUGGAGAAACACCAUUCUUUUUGGCUGUUGCUGGAGGUUACAAAGAAGGCAGCAAAUUGUUAUUGGAUGCGGGAAGUGAUAUCAACAUUCCAAAUAAAAACAACAUUAAUGCUUUGCAAAUAGCAAUCCAGAAUGGGCACACAUCCCUUGUCAUGUUUCUUCUCAGUGAAGACAUUGUUCUGGACCAGAAAGCUGAGCAGGAUUCCCCUCUUCACUUGGCCAUUGCCAACAACCACGUCACCUUAGUGAGCCGCUUACUGGGGGCAAAGCACAACGUGGAUGCCUUAAAUCAGAAGCAGCAAACCCCUCUGCACUUAGCAGCUGAUCUUGGAAAUGUGGAAUUGGUGGAAACCCUGCUGAAGGCAGGCUGUGAUCUCAAGGCUGUUGAUAAGCAAGGAAAGACAGCAUUAGCUGUAGCAUCCAGGAGCCACCAUUCUCUCAUCGUAGACAUGAUCAUCAAAGCAGAAAGAUAUUACGCUUGGAAAAAGGACCAUAAAGAAAAGAACUAUGACUCACCCAUAGGCCCUGCGCUGACAUUCAAACAAGAUCACAGUUUGGAGACAAAGCAGAUCCGCUCUAGCCUCUGGAAGUUGGCUUACCAUCAACUAAAAGCCCAAGAGUGGCGGAAGUUGGCUCGCUCCUGGGAAUUUUUGGAUGAACAGAUCAAAGCUAUUGAAGAACAGUGGUCAGGAAGCAAGAGCUCUUGUGAGCAUGGCCACAGAAUGCUGCUCAUCUGGUUACAUGGGAUCCUGAUGAGACGUGAGAACCCCGAGAGACGCUUAUACGAAGAUCUGGUCAAGGCAGGGUUCCCAGAACUAGCAGAAAAGAUUCGCCAACUGCAAAGCAGUACAGAUGCAAGCUCUAAGAGAUGUGCAGUUUCAUAGCUUCUCAAAGCUAUGUGUAUACCCUUUGACCCCGCGAUAAAACGACUAGGCCUGUACUACAGUAAGAUCAAAGAAAGAAGAAAAGAUAUCCAAAAUUACAGCAAAUUCCCUUGUUGUGGCAAAGAACUAGAAACUAAGGGGGGUACCUAUCAAUUGGGAAGUGGCUCAAUAAAUUAGGUUAUCUGAAUAUAAGGGAUAUUAUUGUGAUAUAAGAAAUGAAAAAAGUGGAAGUUUCCAACAAACCUGAGAAAAUAUUUAUGAACUGAUAUGGAGUAAGGAGAGCAGAACCAUGAGAACAAUUAAUAGAAUAACAUUGCCAUGAGAAACAACCUCGAGAGACGUCGGAACUCUGAUCAAUGUAAUGACCAUCCAGAAUUCCAAAGAAAUGGUGAUGAAAUAUGCUACUCAAGGUAUAGAAUGGUACACCAAGGUACUCAAGGUAUAGAAUGACACAUAUUUUCAGACAUGGUUAAUGAAAGGUUUUGUUUCACUUGUAAUAUUUAUAGGGAAAGAUGGGUGGAUAUGAAGAACAGGGGAUAUGGAAGGUUUAUAACAGGGAAUGGAGGAGUUGAAGGGAGAGAAGGAAUAUGGCUGCCAGGGAGGCAAAAAGAGAGAGAUGCCCCCUGCCAAGAGGUUAUUUUUGAACAAAAUGGGGUGUCCAAGAAAUGAGCCACUUAUGAUAGCCUGCAGGGCCUCUCUUUUCUAUGAAUGGAUGUCAAAGAUGCCCCAGAGCAGGUAAACAUGGACCCUCCUGAGGGACAAGCCUUUCCCCAGACUUUGGUCACCCAGAGGGGGUCCAAUAAGGAUCUUUUGUAGUUGAAUGACUGAACUGAGGUUCAGCUUGCUCUAUGCCCCUGAAAAGAUAGUCCUCUUAUCUGACUGCGAUAUUCAAAUAAGAUAAAUUUUAAUAACCAGUUCGGAUUGGAGAGGUAUCAGGGAAGAGGGAUAUUCCCUAGAUCAGUGGUUCUCAACCUUUCUAAUGCCGUGACCCUGCAAUACAGUUCCUCGUGUUGCGGUGACCCCAAACCAAAAAAUUAUUUUGGUGGCUACUUCAAAACUGUAAUUUUUCUACAGUUAUAAUUCGGAAUGUAAAUACCUGAUAUGCAUUAUGUGUUCUCAUUGCUACAAAUCAAACAUAAUUAAAACAUAGUGAUUAAUCACAAAAACAAUAUUUAAUUAUAUGUUGAGAAAUAUUAAUCCAGCAGGAGGCAGCCUGAACACUGGGACAGGAGGUAAGUCCUGCCUGGGGAGGGGGUCCGCAGAUGCUGCCUUCUUAUUCCUGUCGUCUCCCUCCAGCUCGAGCUGAGGCUUCCUUUGCUGGGGUUACUCGGCUCCAUUAUCCGCUCCAGGACUCAUUCUUAACUCCUGCGGAGCCAGUGCCUGGGUGCUCUCUCUGGGUCAGUUUGAGUCUGGUCUCCAGGCAACAGGGUAAAUCCAUCGCCCCUCAUAGGGGGAGGGCUGCUGAUAGGUAACUAAUAUUAGUACAAUGUGCGGACAGCAGGGUCCCCAUUCUUUCCGAGAUCUUGCUGUAAAGUAGCACGAUUUCUCAGCGGAUAAAGCCAUCGGAAAUGUGUUUUUCGAUGGCUUUAGGGGACCCCUGUAUUUUGGUUGUUCAACCCCCACUGGGGUCAUGACCCGCAGGUUGAGAACCGCUGCUCUAGAUAAUGUUUGAGUCUUUCUCAGCUUUGGAGCUGACACCAGGCCUCACAGGCUGAUGGAGGGUUUCUCUUAUUCCUGUCUACACUAUAUCUGUGCUAGUUUUCUUAAUUUCAAAAUUUUAGCAGUAGACAGCAAGCAACAAGAAAAGUUCUGACUUUUAGAGCUGCUUGGGCCUGUCUCUUUGGGCUGAAGAAAAUAGAGGCACCUCUAUCUACAGACUGGGAAGGAAAAAACUCCUCCCACUUCCCACACCAGGAAGGAAGUGCUAGUCACAAGACCAACUGCCACUCCCAGUUGCCCCUCCCCCCACCAACUGUCAGUCUUGUCAAUUUCUUCUCUCUCUAAUAUUCCCACUGUUGCUUGUUCUGACACAGUGGCAGAAAGUCCAGAACUUGUUUUAGUUUCCUUUCCACACACUUGACUAUGCAUAUUAUAUCCAAAAUCAAACUAAACAUCCCUUGCUCCUUCAGUUCCUUCACCUUUGUCAUCAGGGUUGCCUUCCUUUUGAUUUUCUCUACUUUUUUAGUAUUCUUUUUAGAAUAUGGUACAUUGAACUGAAUAUCAUAAAUGGGUGAUCUGAUGUGGGUAGGACUCCAGGACUAUAUUCCUUCUUAUUCUAUACCUCCCAAUGUGGCCCAAGAUUACAUUCUCUUUUUUUGUUUGUUUAAACUGCCAUAUUACCCUAUUGACUCAUUGUAUUCACAGUAUAAUGGUUGGACCAAUUCAUAAAUGUGCUGACAUUGUAAUUUUACUUGUCUCUCCACAGCCUCUUCAACAUUAACUAUUUCCACUCUUUUAUCCUUUUCAAUUUUAUGUGUGCAGUAAAACUUCAGUUGUUUUAAUCUCUCAUUGCUAAUGAUUUGGAGAAUUUUUCAUAAUUGUGACAAUCUGCAUUCUUGUGAAAAUAUCACAUUUGACCACUUAUUUGGAGAAUAUUAUAUAGUUUUGUCAAAAGAUUGUCUUCUAUGUAACUGCAUAAAAGAUAUUUGAUAAUUACUUUUUUAUUGAAGUUUCUUCUAGCUACAAUAAUUUUUUCAUGAAAAAACUUAUGUAAUGAAAACUAUCCAUAUAUUUUAUGAUAAUCUCUUUUGGUUAAAAAUCCUUCCCUAACCAUAGAUUAGGCAAGUUCCUUCCUUUCAUUCUCCUUUAUUAAAAUAAGAGUAACCUUUUAUAUUUAGGAUUUAGGUCUUGUAUCAAUUUACACAUAAUGGUGUAAGAUGUUGACCUAAAACUAUUUUCUGCCAAAUUGCUACCUUGCAUUGUCCAGAAUUCUUGUUGAAGAGGGAGUUCUCCUGGUAGCUUUUUGUUGUUUUCAUCAAAUACUGUGCUUCUGGAUCUUGCUUAUCUGAUCUGUUGCUCUUUUCCUUUCCAUGUCCCCUCUUAGGAUCUUUUUCAGUUGAGAUGAUGUCCUCCUAUCCCCUACCCCAUUCCCCACCUUGUACUCGUAAAGUUGACUUUUUGAACUCAACUAUAAAAUCAUCUCAUCAGCUCUGAUUUAAUGUUUUAGCUGUCAAGAUUUUUUUGGGGGGCUCAUCACCCAAUGUGAAUGUAUCUCCUAGCCUUAUGUCAUCGGCAAAUUUGAUAAGCUUGCCUUUAAUUAAAUCAUUGAUAACAUGGUAUAAAAGCACAUGGGUAUUAGAAUCUUUAGAUUCUAGUCAUUAGAGACUUUCUUCCAAACUGACACUGAAACACUGGAUCUGGCUAUUCACUUGGUUUCAAAGCAUUUAUCUUCUAGACCAAGAGUCAGCAAACUAUGAACAAUCCAGCCUACCAUGUUUUUUUGGUAUGGAACUUUAUUUUAAAAAUGCAAAAAAGCAUAUUUAUAUUGCUCAUGGGCAAUAUAAAACAGGUAAUGGGUUGGAUUUAGUCCAUAAGUCAUAGAUUAUCAAACCUGAUCUAACCUACGUCUAUGCUUUGGAAUCAUUUGUUAGAAUGGAAUGGAAUGGAAGAAUGGAAUCAUUUGUUAAAUCCUUUCCUAAGAUCUAGGUAAUAUGUCUAUAGUAGUCUCUUGUACUACCAGUUUAUUAAGCAGGUCAAAAAAGGAAAGGAGGUUAGUCUGGCAUGGCAUGCUCUUGAUGAAGCUUCUUUUUGAUUACUGCUUCCUUAUAGAGGUUUCCUAACUUUUAAAAAUCCCUCAGAAACCUUUCAAAGGGUUGAGGUCAAGCUCUCUCCUGAUUUUUUUGAUUCCAUUCUUUUUUUUGGAUGAGAUCUACCUAUCCUCUUGUUUAGUCAGGCGAUACUUCUAUCUCCCACGAUCUUUACUAAAUCACUAUCAGUGUUCUAGUAGUCAUAUCUGCAGGUCUUUCAGUAUUGGGGGAUAUAGUUUACCUGGGUCAGGUCACUUGAGUUCAUCGAAGUCAAUUAGGCACUCUUUCAUUAUCUAAAUACUUACCUUGGGUGUUAGUCAUUUUUCAGUCAUGUCCAACUCUUCAUGACUCUAGUUUUCUUGGCAAAGAUACUAGAAUGCUUUGUCAUUUCCUUCUCCAGCUCACUUUAUAGAUGAGGAAUCUGAGGCCAACAGAGCCAAGUGACUCGCUCAGUGUAACAGAUAGCAAGUGGCUGAGGCCAGAUUUGAACUCAAGAUUGGUCUACUGAAUUCAGGCCCAAUGCUAUACCCACUGCAUCCCCUAAGUGUCUUUACCUUACGUAUCAGCUUCCUAUUGGCCAUACUUUAGGGGUUUUGUCUUAUCUGGUCCAAUAUCAUUCUCCUUGGAAUAGAAAUCAACAAGAGUUGAAUAGUUAGCUUGUCAUUGGUUAUCCUCAUCCUACCUACUCCUAAUAGUGGUUUGAUCCCUUUGAUCAUUUCUUCCUUAAAUCACUACGACAUGCUUUUUGUUUUCCAUAGCUUUCCUUAUUAGGCUUGGCUUAUUCUAAGUAUUAGAAUUUCUGACACAAUUCUACAGGACCAUCCCAUGCCUUUAUAUUAAAAAUGUUAACUCCCCUUCCUCCUCAAUAGUUGUCUUCACAUUUCAUUCUUGAGUUUCCUUCCCUGCUUAGACUGUCUAAACCUGUAAAUUUUUAGGCUGUGCAAUUCCAUUUUAUCCUGUAAGGUGCUAAUGUUCAAAUAAUGACCACUCAAAAAAGACUAUAUGAAAAGUGUUUAUGGUUGUAGGAUUGUUAGUAUUUAUCUCUUGCUUAGCUUUAAGUGCUGAAUGGUUUUUCUUCUCUUUCUCCCUAUGUGACCUUCUUCUACUUUCUCAGAUCCAGAUAACGCUCAGGAUCCCCCUCUGCUGUUUCAUAUUCAAUUUCUCCCUUUAACAUUGACAUAUCUGGAGUGAGGAGAGACAUUCCAUAUGCCCCUUUAUCUUCUUUCUUAGGAGGGAGAGAAGACAAAGAUCUUUGAACAGAGACCAGCCAUUUGGCCACACCCAAAAUAAAAACACAGAACUUUUUAGGAGAGUAAUUGAAAAAUUCUCCCUGUUCUCCAUAUUUGACUUAAAUCCAUCUCUUCCAUCAGUCCUAGCUGUUCUCCUUCAACCACUCAAGUCCUCCAAAUUCAAUUUUUAUGUCUAAUUCCAAAAUACUCUAAAUCCUCAUGAUUUCUUCAUUAGCUCAAGUUACUCUCUUGUUCCUUCUCCCACAUAAUAUUCUUAUGGCAUAAAGUUGUUUCUACCUCCUUAAGGAAAGAUUUUUUUUCUCCAGGUGGUUUUUUUUUCUUCAGGUACUCUUUAAAUGUAUAAUAUUACCACAAUUCCCAGCUUAUCCCAAGAACUCUCCUUACUGCUCCUCUUCUGAUAUCUCUAGGCCCAUGUGUUUCCCUGGAGGGUUUUUGUAGACGUGCAGGCUUUUUCAGGAAACCAAGGAUAAGUGUGUGAGGUCCCUCUUAGCCUUGGCUUUCUCUGUGCCUGUUCUCCUUGUUAAAGGCCAAUUCCAAGCACACAAUUCAGGUGAUAACUAGACAAUAUUCAAAUGUCUUCAUAUGUGGUGCUAAUGGUGUUACUUGUCACCUUGUAAAUGGAGGGAGAAUAUAUCUCCUUAAGGGCAAAGAUUGUUUUAUUCCUUGUCUCUGGAUCCCUAGAACACAGCACAGUGUGUAAGAUAUGAGGCACUUCAUGCAUGUUGAUCAAGGCAUCUUCAAUGCCAUAACAAAGCUUUACCAGUUGGUGGUAAGGAGGAUCUAGGAAAAUGCUUCCGGGAAUUCACAGAUCCCUGGAAAUAUCAAUAGAUUAAGGAUUGGGUAUCUAAAAGUGAUGCCAAACAGUUUUCACACUUCAGAGAUUUCAUUGUAGCUAAAAACUUUGAAAAUAAUGAUGUAGCAAAAGAACCUAGAAUUCUAAUUGUCAAGAGAAUCAUAAUUUAUACAUAUGGAAGUAAUGACAGUUCAACAUAUGGUCAACAAACAUAUAGACAUUUUUUUAAUCAAAAAUGGUACAUAUUCAAUUUAUUUCUUAAAUAAACAUUCAUCAACAUUAAAAUAAUUACUGCAUAAAGUUACAAAGGACAUUUUACUUUCCUUGAAAUAAUUUUUCCAUUGAAUCAGUCUUUGGAUGAUCAUAAAAAGGUGAACAUGAUGUUAUUCAGUGUUCUGCUGUGCCAGCCUAAGCAUUACCGGGAAAUUCCACGAUAGCACAUCCAUAGGAGUUUUUCAGCACGGGAAAUCAGAAAGUGAAAAAAAAUCAUCCCCUUUCUAUAAACAUCUCCACUCAAUUUAGUCAACCACCUUUAUGGAGUGACAAGAUUGGGCAGAUGCUUUUCCACCGUGUCCUGGGUGUCUUGACGAUGUACUGCUUGUUUCAUAGUGUACAGUUCGAGGGUAUUUUGCUGCAAGAGCCUGAGGAAUGGUUUGCUGAAAGAGAAAAAUCUGCUCUAGUGAAAAUGCAAUAUAAUUUCAUAUCAUGCUUGUGGUGCUGAAGCUGUCAAGAAAAUAACAUCUUCCAAUUUCUAUGAAUUCGAAGCUAGGAAGUAGUUCCAGUGCUGGGAAGCCGAGAGAGGAGGUUCAGGGAGGGAAGAGGCAGUCAGAUCAGAAUGGACUCCCUGCUACCGCAUCAGAGAUCCACAGGCAUCCUCUGGUGGAAGGAUUGCCAUAUGCCUCAAAAGAUACAACAAUGGGCACAUGUGGAAUACCACAGUAUUCAGGAAAAAAAGAAGCAUUGCUUUGCAAAGGAUUCCUAUUUUUUUCAUCACCUUAGCUUAUUUUCACUUGAAGGUAGGACUGUUCUACUAAUGUGGAUACUGAAUCGUUUUCUGUAAAAUGGGGAAAAUAAUGCCUGCGACCCUGCAAUACCCAACCCUUGCCUGGGCAUUGUUGUACAGAAAGUACUUAAUGCAGAAAUAGAAAUAAAUUUAAGAUGCUGCUUCCACCGUCUGUGAUUUCACUGCUGUGCAUGUUCCCCCUAGUAAUAUAAAUCACAAUCUCCAUUACAACAUGGAGGUCCAAUCUUUGUGUUGUUAUUGCUUCCAAACCUUUCCUGCUGUUAAGACCUGUUGGAACUUGUCUUGAGAUCACUGACACAGCCUUCAAACUCCUUGGCUCAGCUUCCUGUCACAAUGAAGCAUCAGAGGAAGAACAGGGGGGAAUACCGAUGCUUAUAGUACAAGUUGGUAUGUUGUACAAGCUUAAGGGGUGAAGGAUCCAAAUGUGGUUAAUUUUGUAUUUUAUACUUUUUUUCGACAAGAGAGAAGAGAUAUCCCAAAUGAGAAAAGAUGUAAAUUCUUUUUUUUUUUAUCCCUUACCUUCCGUCUUGGAAUCAACACUGUGUAUUGGCUCCAAGGCAGAGGAGUGGUAAGGAUUAGGCAAAGGGAGUCAAGUGACUUGCCCAGGGUCACACAGCUGGGAAGUGUCUGAGGCUAGAUUUGAACCUAGGACCUCCCGUCUCUAGGCCUGGCUCUCAAUCCACUGAGCUACCCAGCUGCCCCCAGAUGUAAAUUCUUAACUACUGCCAUUAGGGCAGUACAUAUAGCUUGUUAGAUCACAUAUCUGGCACUGGAUUGUCUCCCCUCUGACAGCCCCCAAACUCUUAAGUUUUGUCUUAGAAGUGAUAUUAAGUACUGGUUCCAAGGCAGAAGAAUGGUAAGGACUAGGCAAUGGGGAUUAAGUAGCUUGCCCACAGAAGUGUCUAGGGUCAGAUUUGACCCCAGAUCCUCCUGACUCCAAGCCUGGCUCUCUAUCCACUGAGCCACCUCAAGCACUGGAUAUUUAAUGGGAAUAACCUAUAACUCUAUAGUUAGGAUACUUAAAAUAUACAAUAGUUAUUUCUGGAGGUUAGCAGGAGGAUUUACUGUUAAUGUGGUUUUUAAUAAAAUGGUUGCCUGCAAGAAAAAGCAUCACUGUUCACUACAAACAUAUUUCUAUUAUAUUCUCCUACUGAUAUUUAUACUUAAAUAUUUUUGAGCUAAACAUUUAAAAUAAAUGUUAUCAAAUUUUUUAACAUAAGCUUUACAAAGCUGAAAAUGUGCUUAAAGUAAUUUGACUCAGUUAAAAAUAAUAUUUUCCCUUAUGUUUGACUCCAUUAAAGAUAUUUAAACAUUCUAAUUAAAAGUGCCUUUGGCCAGGCCAUUUCACUUUUUGGAGCUUCUGUUCCUCAUAUUGCAAAAAAUGAUGGGAUUGGGGGGCAGCUGGGUGGUUCAAUGGAUAGACAGCCAGACCUGGAGAUGGGAGGUCCUAGUUUUAAAUCUGGCCCCAGAUAUUUCUUAGCUGUGUGAUCUUGCAAAUCACUUUACCCCGGUUGUCUAGCCCUUACUACUCUUUUGCCUUGGGACAAUACUUACUAUUGAUUCAGUCAGAAGGUAAGGGUUUAAAAAAAAAAGAAAUGAAAAGAAAAAAUAGAUGGGGUUGGAUUUGUGGUUGAUCUCCAAAGUCCCCCAUCAGCUCUAAAUUUGAUCUUGUAAUCCUAAGUGACAAAAACAAUUAAAACUUCAAAAUCACUACCCUUGAAAGUUUUUCUUAAAACACAAUUUCAUGGGAGUUUAUAUUCAACAAACUUCAAAGCCUUUUAUAAUGCUAUUUGCUGAGGGGCAACUGAGUAACACAGUGGAUAGAGGCCCAGACCUGGAGUCAAAAAGAUCUGAGUUCAAAUCCAACCUCAGACACUUUCUAGUUGUAUGACUCUGGGGAAGUCACCUAACCCAAAUCGCCAAGCCUUACCACUCUUGUUUUAGAAUUGAUACUAAGACAAAAGGUAAGAGUUCUAAAAAUUAGGGAAAAAAUGUGAUUUGCUCUUUCAGAAAAGUAUUUAUUGAAUGCUUAUUAGUAUGAAAGCACGGUUACCGAGAGACUACUACUACUACCACAUUGAGGGGCAUAAGCUGAAGAAUAACAUUGAUCUUGCCCUAAAGGGAGCCUAAAAUACAGUGAACUACUGGACAGUAAGUUGCUUAUAAAACUUACUUGCUACUAAAUUUAUUUGAUAGACUAUUUCAAAGAACUUUACUUUCCUCUUGUGGAAGAGGGGUAAGAGAAAAAACAUGAGCAGAUAAAAGUUGUCUCUAGUUUUGUGCCUUUGAAUCUCCUGUAAACUGAUCUUCAAACAGGAUAAAAAGUUGGAGGAGAGACAUCACUUACCUAGCAAAUGGGGCUAGUGCAUCAAGAAUGAUUCCUAGUUUAAUAUCAUUAACUAUUCAUUGUUGUCAUUUUUUGGUCAUGUUUGACUCUUCUAGACCCCAUUUGGCAGAGAUACUAGGGUGGUUUGCCAUUUCCUUCUUGAGCCCAUUUUAUAAAUGAGGAAACUGAGGCAAAUAAGAUUAAAUGACUUGCUAGCAUCUGAGGAGAAAUUUGAAAUCAGGAACAGGAGCUAUCCUGACUUCAGGCUUGUCUACCAUACCGUCUAGAUGCUCCAAUUAUUUACUAUACCUGAGAACACAGAUCCUGGUUCUGCAAACAAAACAAAAAUCCUUUAGAAAUGCAGCCAGACUAGUGUAAAUUUGUUUACAUACCCCGUAUUAUACAAAACAGAAGUAAUUUAUGGCUCUGAAUAAUCCAUAACCUGUUAAAUGAAGAUGCAUAACACAUUCCUGAAAGGGAACAUCAUGGCAGACAAGUCUUAAUGGGAGCUGGUGUAAAUAAUGUGCUUUUUGGUGCAUCAGUUGUUUUUUACCUAGAAAAUGCCAAUCAUUUAUUUAUUUAUUUUUUGCUGCAAGCAUAAUGUCAAAAAAAGGCCUUGUCCCUCUGAAAAAGACAUUUGUACUCUCUCCUACGCCACUUCUAUCCAUUACAUGCAAAUGGAUCCCAGGCCUAGUUUGAAGAGACCUCUUUUCUAGGCCUCUUCAAUACUAGGCCAUUAAUUCCUUUUGGGCCAAUGAAGUUCCUUGUUUGACUUUGCUGUCUAGCCCAUGAAAGGGAUGCGAGAAGUCUCUUUGUAAGAAUGUAAAUUCUCACAUUGUUGGGGAAGGUAAACACAGGAGUUACGUUCCUCUGCUUUCAUGUAUUGCUUGUAUGGUGAGGCAGCAUAGUGAAUGAGAAUGAGUGCGUGCUAUAAUUAAAAUCAGAUGCCUGGCAUUUGAGCCCCUGGUUUGGGUGAUAACAGGCAAGUCACGUCAGCUAGAUGGAGCUCAGUUAUAUCUCCUGUAAAAUGAUGUGAAGAAGUCUGGAGAAAGUACUGUAUCAUGUAUGCAGAACUGGCUUAUGACAUUAAUCUUUCCCAGUUCUAGAGUAAACUGGGAAAAAAAGAGAACAGAAAAAAAGUAAAGUAUCUUAUCUAUUUUUCUCCUCCAGCACUGAAUAAUUCUCUGCACAUCCUGGCAUUAAAGAUCAUAACAUUUAGGUCUAAAAGAUGUUCUAGAAGCCUUCUAGAUGUUAAUUUCCUUUCCCCAACUUACAGAAGAGCAAAAUGGGAUCCAGUCUGACACUAAAGCUUUCGCUAAUUCCCUACAUCUUUCCCUUCCCCAGGAGUAUGUAUAUUUUUGUGUAGAGCCACUGAAAGAAUUUGUUUUGCUUAACUACAUAUUUGUUAUAUAAGAAAUUUCUUUUUCUUCCCGAUGGGGCAAAUGUUGGAAGGGAGAGAAAAUAGAUCAGACCUUUCCUUUUUUCUUAAAUAGAGGUGGAAUUGUUCCCUAUGUUAAAUGUCGCAUGCACUUUCUGAGGAAGUUGCCACAUUAUUACUUGUACUUGACUGUUUUACUUUGUUAUAAGUAGGAGUUAACUAUAAAAGAUUGUAAUGUGAAAGUGAACUUCAAUAAAACUUUUUUUUCAAGCACUAAAAAAAAAAA